GGUCACAAACGGAAGCCAAUGAAAGGAAAACGUAUUGCUUGACCAACUCAUUUUCACGCCACUUGGAUAUUGUAAACAUUGCUGAUUCACAUACUUGCCGCGUGUACUCAGGUCAUUUACUACGAUACGGAAACGUCUAUGUGUGGUUUUUUUCAUGAAGCGGAGUAGUUGCUUUUAAUUCAAUUGGUCGCUGGUGACUUUUAAUUCGUAGCUGCUAGCUAAUAGCAUAGCAAACACCGGAGUUCCUUAAGUAGCAGCGUCAUGGAUUUUAUCAAUGGACCGUAAAACAGGACGGAAAGUAAUAUCAACUUGAUGAUGACGUCUCUGAAGCUUUUGUCAGUUGACCCAUCAGAUCGAGGCUCGCAAAGAUGCAGGCUGGGUCCAGGUUUGAUGACAGCGCUGGGCUUCAGUGUGGGCUCCCCGGUGCUGGUGUCCCUCCCUGGGGGUAGCUGCCUGUGCAUCGCGUGGCCAAGGCCUGACUUGGCUGAAGGCUUCCUGCAGGUGGACAUGAAGUGCUGCUCCCCAUAUCUCCUCAGGCAUUCCCCUUCACGCCUCACCUUGGAUCCUGAGCAAGUCACACUCGUCCCGUGUCCCAAACUAAAAGGAAUGACGAUAAGCGUGGUCGUCCAAAGUGUUGAAUUUAAGAGAAACACUUCACCUCGUUUUGUUCAUGAGCUUGUGAAAGACAUGCUGAAAGGUGCCUUCGUGCAUAAAGAGCAUGUCAUAAACAUGGAGGACUUUGAUAUGGACAUCCGAUAUGUUGUCAUUAAAAACAUCUAUCCAGAUUCUAACACAGCUGGACUUGUCACUUCCAAAACUAAUGUGGAGAUUGCUGAUAUCCAAACUGUCAGGCACUUCAAGAGCCAUCUGCAGGGGCAAGUCACUGUGCCUCUCGGGGGUCUGGAGGAGGUGUGCACAUCGCUCAGAGAGAUGCUGCAGCUGCCGCUUCUCUAUCCAGGCACCCUGGGUUCUCUUGGGGUGUCAUGUCACAAAGGUGUGCUGCUCGUGGGCCCUCCAGGUGUCGGAAAGACACAACUGGUUCGCAAAGUGGUUGGAGAAGUGGGAGCCAGCCUUGUUGUGGUCAGAGGACCUGAGGUAAACUGCUUUCAAACUCUAUCUACGGUAUCUCCUAUCUACCAAUGGAUUGGGAUGUUCCAGGUUGUGCGUUCCCGCCCAGGGGAGAGUGAGGAGAUGUUGCGAGGUGUGUUCAACCAGGCUUGCGCCGCAGCAGAGGAGGGUCCAUGCGUCCUCUUUUUGGAAGAGUUGGACUCUCUUUUCCCAAGAAGAAGUAGCUCAUCCGCACCUGAGAACCGCCUCGUGGCUCAGCUCCUCACGCUGAUGGACGGGGUGGACCGAUCGGAUCGCUUCCUCGUCAUCGGUGCCACCAACCGGCCGGACAGCUUAGACCCCGCCCUGCGCAGGCCUGGAAGAUUUGACAGAGAAGUUAUCAUCGGGCCUCCUACCUUGCGCCAGAGAGCAGCUAUCUUGUCUGUUCUAUGUGAAAAGAUGCCGGUGUGUUCCAGUGUGGAUUUAAUGGAGCUGGCACAGAGAACCACAGGUUAUGUCGGGUCAGACCUCGGCGCACUCUGCAGGGAGGCCGCCAUGCACGCUAUGCGGGAAAAUGCAAAGGGUUCAGGGGAGCAGACGGUGGCACUGAAACAUUUCCUUGUGGCCCUCAAGCUGGUGCGGCCGUCCUGCCUACGAAGCAGCCUGGGCCGGACGGAUCUUGCUCCCGUGGCCUGGGAGCAGAUCGGAGGUCUGGAUGACAUCAAACUGAAACUGAGACAGAGUAUCGAGUGGCCACUGAUGUACCCCGAAGCCUUCUCCCGCCUGGGUCUGUGUCGCCCCCGUGGCGUCCUUCUCUAUGGGCCCCCAGGGUGUGCCAAGACGACACUGGUCCGAGCGGCAGCCUCGGCCUCAAAUUGUACCUUCCUCUCUGUCAGUGGCGCUGACCUCUAUUCGCCCUACGUGGGAGACUCGGAGAAGGCUUUGUCACAGCUGUUUCGUCAAGCGCGGGCCUGCGCUCCAUGCGUCCUUUUCCUGGAUGAGAUCGACUCUGUGAUCGGCUCGCGUUGCAACGGUCAAGCGCCUAGCAGCGUUCAGACUCGACUCUUGUCCGUGCUUCUCAAUGAGAUGGACGGCGUCGGCCUGAAGACGCUUGAAAGGAUGGGGACGCCAAAGAUCCUCCAGGUCGAGGGAGCAGAGGAAAAUCAGACUGCAGAACAGAUGAGCAGCCAGGACGUGUGCAACAAAGACGUGAUGGUUGUAGCAGCCACAAACCGACCCGACUGUCUGGACAGUGCCCUUCUGAGGCCUGGCAGACUGGACCACAUUCUUUAUGUGCCACCACCAGAUCAACAGGCCCGUCUCGCCAUCCUGAAGGUGUGCACAAAAUCCAUGCCUGUGGCUCCUGAUGUGUGUUUGGACGAGCUGGUUGCUGAAACCGAUCUUUACUCUGGGGCUGACCUGGAAAACCUUUGUAAAGAGGCUGCUCUGCUGGCGUUAGAAGAAAACAUGGAAGCGUCGAGCAUCAAACAUGUGCACUUCCUGCAGUCUCUCAAGAAAACCAAGCCGUCCCUCACAGUCCAGCAAAUCCAAACAUACCAAAUAGCAUCUUGUAAGAAAAUGUAAAGUUCCACCAACAAUUCUUUUUAAUAAAACAACCCCAAAAAAGA